UGCUCCUACAUACGUACCUAUGUUGACAGUGCCACAUGCUUACCAUUUUCACAGGCGUACUUGAUGGAGAACCCACAGCCAAUCGGCUCGCCCCACCCCCGGGCCGGAGCCACGUGGCGGCGUGGCUGUGCAGAUUUUCCCCUUACGCCCCGUGAUCAAGGGGGGGUUGACACAUAUUCAAUAAGCAGGAAAUCAGAUUCGUCCUCUACAAACUCUGUUCGAAUUAGCCCCUGAGCGAUCAUCCUUUCAGGACUUUAACGCACGAAAGAUGGGCAGUGGGAGUCCCGAGCCAGACAAGAAACCUGAUAAACUUAACCAAGUUGGAAAGUUCCUACAAAAGAGCUACAACAAAGGAGAACUGGCCCUCAAACAUGCCGCGGGAUUAGGCAAGGUGGACAAUGUGGUUCCAGAAACACAGCCCAUCACGAAUGGCCCAUCGCGUCCUGUCCGCGUCGGCUGGCAUCCCGUUGGUGGCCUCGCCGGGAAGUGGUUUGCCGAACAGACUGGAAUAGGCAAACUGAUCACCGAGAAAAUCAACGAGUAUCCGGAUCCCACGCAGCAUUGGGCGGUCCUCGUUGGCGAAUAUGCGCAUCAACUGUGGAUGGAUGAGAAUUUCGAUAUCAUAUAUACCAAUGCUAGAGUGGACCCAGAUGAGUGGAGAACCUUCGACGUGGGCAACACGUGCUUCAAUGAUGAUGCUAUUCGGCGGACAGGUGAAUAUGUCAUUGAGAGCAUACGUAUUACCCGCCCGGGUUACAACCUGAUCAGCAACAACUGCCAGACGUACGUCCUGCAGCUUCUCGAUGCUAUCAAAGUAGGCCAAGCAAAAGAAUUCGGAACCACACUGGCCGUGUACGAGAAACUCGUAGGCAAAGGAAAAGUGGCAGAUCUGUUCCAAGAAGAAGUGGGAAUGCAAGGUCAGCCCAACGUAUCGCACGGAACGGCCUCCUACACCGGACAGGAAACGGGCGUGGUUGGGGGCUCAGGCGGUGGGGGUCAUGUUCCAUACCACCAACCAGAAACCCUGUUUCACGGAGAACAAAACCAACAAACCGUCAAUGAGGGGCAGGGCUCGGUGUCGCUGGCUCAACAAGUCAUGCAGGCCAACACCACACAGCUCAACACUGAGAACCAGGUGCAGAGGCAUAUCGAGGAAGAAGACGCAAGCGAGAAGAAGAAGAAAAAGACGAGCUACUCACCGUCCUCGAUGUUGAAGAAACUGAAAUUUUAG